AUUCAAUCGUGAUUAUUGAUUGAUUCACAUAAAACCAAACGAAGAGAAGGCAAAGUGAUGGAAACGAAGAGAGGAAGGAGAAGUUGGUAAUUUAGAAGAAACGAAAGGGACAGUUGGCUAUGGUUGGGCACUCUGCGCAGCCAAUCGAAUCGAAUCGAAUCGCUAUUCUCUUUUCUUCUCUUCAUUCCCUCAUCUCAUUUGAUGAAAUCGAAAAGCAAAACCCUAAUGAAGAAAAUGAUGACGUGCAAUUGAAAUUCAAGUCCCUCAUCCAGUGAAUUCAAUUGCUUUCUGCAAUGAUUUCAAAUCCAGAGUUGAUCCACUACGUCUGCAUUGCGAGAUCGAACACCAUAAUUGCCCAACACAUGAACGAACAACACCCCAACAUGGAAGCAUUGGCAUCUGAAUGCGUCGCACAAACCCCUCCCAAUCACUCACUCUUCUCCCACACCGUCAGCAACCACACCUACACCUUCCUCAUAGACCCUCCCUUCGUUUUCUUCGCCAUAUUCGAUCACCAUCUCCUCAAAUCCCAAACCCUCCCUUUCCUCAACCGAAUCCGAUCCUCCUUCCGCCAAACCCUAUCCUCUUCCCAACACCACUUCGCUCCUCUCUCCUUUCAGCCCCAAUUUCAUUCCAUCUUCAACGAUGCUCUUCAGAAUCACAACAACACCGUCCCUCCCAAGACUCAGCCUCUUCUUCCCCAACCCCAAUGCUUGAAGAAGAAGAAGCGGCUUAUGGAACCCAAUGAUUCCAAGGAUGCGGCAAUGCUCGACGUCUCUGAAGACGCCGUUUCCUUCCCUAACUCCAAGCCCCUCCCUCUCGAUCGCCAGAAGGCAAAACACGUCUGGAAGAAACAUGUGUGGGUCGUUCUCCUCCUUGAUUUGUUCGUCUGCGCCGUUUUGUUCGUUAUUUGGUUAUGGGUUUGCAGCGGAUUCAAGUGCAUCGCUUAUUGAUAUCAAAUUUCAUUUCAACACUCGAAAUUUUUCAAUCUUAAAAAAAUGUUUUUUUUUUUUUUGGGGGUUUGGUUUUUGUCCCUUCUCUUUCUGGAGGGAUUCUUAGCCGCUUGAGAAGCAUGGAAAGUGCAGAGGCAGAGGAUACCUCCUCUUCUGUACAUGUGAUUGGGGGUUUCGGUUUGCUUCUUCAUCACCUCUUUUGUUUUUUCUUUUCUUUUUUCAAUUCCUUUUUCUUAAUGGGAAUUGCAUAUGAAGAUCUUGUUAAGUUAUUAUGUGGUCUGGGGUGAGAUUUCCUCAAUUGUUCAAAAUUACAGAUUCCACAUGUUGACUGUGAUAUACUCUCUUUCCACUUUCCACUUUCCACUUUCCACUUGCCAAUUGCCAAGCAUUGUUAUUAUUAUUACUGUAAACUUGAUUUAUAAUUUAUGACGCUGGGUGUU